AUGUCGUUCUUGACAUCCGUGACUGGGCAUUAUGUCGCUCACAGGUUCAGAUCGCUGUUUACUUCACGCAGUCGCCACUUCUCGCUUACCGUGCCUGGUCAACGUCCUUAUCGCGUCUUGUUCUUUGGCACAGACGACGUUUCGCUUGCUACACUAAAGUCGUUGCACGUCAAUAGCAAUGAGGAGAGAGGUAAUGAACGUCUCAUUGAGCACAUUGAGGUUGUGUGUCCAUCGGAUCGCCCCAUGAAUGGCCGCAAGAAGGACGACCCAGUACCUGUUAAGAAGUUUGCACAACGCUGUGGACUCAGAGUCUUUGAAACACCAUCGCAUCUUAAGUCGCUCAAAACGUGGGACUUUCCUGUGACCGAUAUGUUUGAUGUGGGAGUGGUUGUGUCCUUUGGCUACUUUCUGCACCCAAACAUGCUGAAAAACCUGCAUCAUGGCGCAAUUAACAUGCAUCCGUCCAUGUUGCCAAAGUACCGUGGCCCUGCUCCAAUCCACCAUGCCCUUUUGAAUGGUGACACGACGACAGGAGUUUCCGUGAUUGAAAUAGAUCCGAAGGCUUUUGAUGUUGGCCGCAUUCUGCUGCAAGCACCUUACGACAUCAAGCCCGGCAUCCAAUGCCAAGAGCUAGCACAGGAGCUUGCAGCUUUUGGAGCUGAUUGUAUCGUGAAAACGCUAGAGGAUUUGCCUGCACGCAAGAAGGAAGCAGUAGUACAGGACGAUGCGCAAGCGUGUAAGGCACCUAAAAUGAUGUUUAAAGAUGGCCUUAUCUCGUUUGAUGACUCUGCUACCGACAUCUUCCACCGGUGGCAGGCAUUGAGUAAUUCUGUUGGCAUAAGCGUUCAAUUUCGAGAAAAGAUGGUAAAGCUGAUAGAAGUCCGGCUUCCGUCAGACGAGGAGUUGCAAAGUGUUCAAGCUGACGAAAGCCGCAAUGGACCGGCAACGACUGGGACCUUUUUCUUUGAGAAGAAACGCCAGGCGUUCUGGGUACGAUGCGCAGAUGAUUCGUGGCUGUUGAUUUCAAAGCUGCAGCAAGCCGAUCGCAAAGUCGGGGCUGCUCUAGAUUUCUGUAAUGGAUAUCGGUUGAAAAACAUGCAACGCGAGCGAUUUGAAAAAGUGAUUAUUGAACGUGUCAAUAGCAAGCUGUAG